CACAUUUCGGAUCGGUUUUUCGGAUAGUCCGGGCGGCUGGUCGUGCGUGCGUGCUUCAUUUUCUUCUGCUGCUCCCCUCCAAGAAAGUCCCAACAGUGUGGGGACGCGCGGUGCAAGGAGACGACGACAUUCGUAUGUGGGUGUGAAUUGCUAGCAAAUGUACACCCUUUCCUGACUAAAUUACCGCACCCUUUUCCUGACUACAUAUAUUGAACGCAAAACAAAACAAAAAAUAAAGCUUCCAAUCUGGCUUCCAACAUAUGAUGGAAAAUCGCAAUGGCCGUGAUCGGAACAACAACAGCCUAGCGAUCCUACCGAACGGUGUAAUUCUGCGCAAGCUCAAGGGAAAACCAGUGACCAGUGAGUGUUUGCUGUGCUGGAAGGAACCCCGCAAUCCCAAGUGCCUUUGUCCCAAGUGCUCGAAGCAGUACUGCUUUCAGUGUAUCAAAAAGUGGCUCACGGACAGCAAAACCAAAACUAGCGAAUGUCCCAACUGUCAUUCCAAGCUGCCGAUCGACGAUUUGGUCCGUUGUGCUGCCAUUGCUACGGAUCUUGUCGACGAUCACCACCGACAGCAGAAGGACAGCCGAUCCGAUUCGAAUCCUGUUUUAGAGUUUGGUGAGGCGCUGCCGAGUGUAGAACAACCAAAAGCGACUUCAGGCCCUUCUUCGGGAUCGAUCAAGCUAGUGGUUAAAGUGAUAGAAAAUGAUCCGCUGGUUCAGCGGUUGAACGCCAACAGGAAUGCUGCAUCAGCUCCGAUGGUCAAAAGCAGCGUGGCACCGACUAAGAUGCUCGCCGUUAACGGGCGUCAAGGGAAGAAAUCGAAAGAUGCCAACCGCAAGCAACAACAACAGCCACACCCACAAGUAAACGGAAAGUCGAUGGUCAACGAUUUGGCCAAGCCAAAAGGUUUUUCAAAUGGAGACUUAUGUAAUGGGGACAAAGAAAUUGAGGAAAAUCACACGAAUGGAACCGACGAGAAUAGCGAAACAGCACCGGCUCAGAAGAUCGUUGAUCCAAACCGGCGGAAUGGAUUCAAACAGUCUUCUGCCGGGCAAGCAACGAACAGUCAAACGACAAUACCCCAAACGGUAGCACCCAUUGAAAGUCAGUCCGCAGAACAUGACACAAAAAGAAACGGACACAAUCAUCUGAGGGAGAGUAUUUCUCCCACCUCACAAAACGGCGACAGCGAUGAAGAACGCUCGACCUGUUUGCUACACACACUGCCAAUGAUAUUUUUCUGUCUCACCUGCAAUUGCUGUAUUUGUGAGACAUGUGCUCUGCACGAUGCACAGCACACCGAACAUACGUUCAAGAAAAUCAACACAAUCUACGAUACAAAACUAGAGAAAAUCAAACAGGAAUUCGCCACAGUCACAGAUUAUCUAGAAGAAAUUGCCAACGUCAUAAACAGUAUCGACCGAAACAUCGACUGUGUCAAAGCAUCCAAGGCUCGCAAACUGCAGGAACUCAGUCGACUGCUACACUCCGAAGCAGAAUGCAUCGAACGGCAGCUGAACCGCAAGCUGUCCGACCUUCACGAACAAAAAGACGUUGUAGCCAAUGAGGUGCUGCGCAUCAAAUCGGCCUACAACAAGCUGGAAGCCGAACUGAGGGCUUGUCCAAAAUCGGAUCUUCUCAUCAAAGACGGUGAAUUCCUAGAACGCUGUUCCCGUCUGAUUGAGAAACCAAGCACCUCCUUCGUGCAUCGACCUGUUCCGUCGGAGCUGGAAUGUGACUUCAUUCCGGAGUUUCGGUCCGAAGUUUUCAUCAUCAAAGACUACCAGGCAAUCGAACCGAUCGAGGAGUGUCGAACAUCGGACGUGCUGCACGAUGUGCUCGGCUUCGGUUGGCGUUUGCACGCCUGGAAAAGUGAUCAUCUCUCGGUGACCCUCAUGAUGACGGAAGGGGUCCCCGGAAGAUACGAAUACUGCAUUGAGCUGCUGCAUGACAGCGAUUCCAGCAGGUCGAUUCGGUUGCUCCAGAUCGAUCACUUCGAGCAGCACCAGUCCGGUCCGGUGCACGAUCUGAUCGAAAACGAACGCCUGGUGGAGGAGGGAUUCCUGAUCGAGGGCAACGAUUCGUUGCGCAUCAAAUUUUCCGUGAGGCCGCCUACGAUUGUGAUGAAAAGUCGAUACCAGCAGGAGUACAUCGAGCGGAUGCGCAAGGAGAACGUCAACGAGUACGAUAGCAACGUGAUCACGAUCUGCAACAUUCGGGACCCGACGACCUCGAUUGUGCUGUCGAAGCAGUACACCGACACGGUGGGCUCCCGGUGGCGCCUGAACGUAUACCCCAAGGGCAACAACACCAAUUACCGCUAUCUGAGCACCUACGUAGAACUGUGUGACGGUGUCGCUGGAAGAUACCAGUACACAGUGGAACUGCUCCACAAGGAUGCCCACAAACAGGUCAAGUUCCAAUCGGAGGACCACUUUCGGGUCGGUGAAAUACGAGGCUAUCAGAAGUUUAUCCGCGUGAAGCGCGUCCUGGAAGAGGGCUACCUCAACGAGGACGGGUCAAUCUUUAUCCGGCUGUCGAUUAGGCCGGCUACGUUGGCGCUUCGUUGCCAAUUUCAGGAAGAGUACCAAACCAUCAAAGAGGAACGGAUUUUGUUCCAGUUCAACAGCCAGUUGAGUCAACACUUGACGAGGAUCAGGAAUCUGAGAGACGAGAAUGCGGCCCUACAGGCAAUCGCCUAUCCGGAAUUCAAUUCGAAUGUUUUUGUGAUGCGAAACUUCAGCGAGCUGCGGCAGGGGGAUGAAGAUGUGUGUUCGGAUAAUAGCUACGACGAUCUGGGAUGCUGUUGGCGUCUUAUUGUGUACGCCAAUGGCGAUAAUGAAGCGAGGGGUGAAUGGUUGAGUGUGUAUCUAAGAUUGCUAGAAGGAAUUCCCGGAAGCUACGAAUACUGCAUAGAGCUGCUGAACAACGACCCUGCCAAAACGGUUCGCAUGGAAGGGACACAAACUUUUGAAAUUCAGGAACGCUUCGGAUGGUCCCAGUUUGCCAAACUGGAAAUGAUCUGCCAAAACGGGUUCGUCAACGAGGAACACGAUUCGCUGUACUUCCGGUUUUCGUUGAGGCCCCAGAACUACAAGGCCAAAUGUGAGCUACAGCAGUUACUGCGUGUGGACGCGAAAAAGGAAAUCGAAUCCCUUAAAAGAGAACUAAUACCGGCAUUCAGUACGAUUACUUACAAGCUGAAAAAUUUCACCGAACUGCAGCAGAAGGAGGGCUUCGUAUAUUCGGAUCCGCUGGUCGAUGACCUCGGGUUCGCCUGGCGGUUGCUGAUCUACGCGAACGGGCACAACGAGGGCCACGACUGCCACGUGAGCAUCUAUCUGGUGCUGUUCGAGGGCGUCUCCGGAAGCCGCUUUGAAUACCGUGUAGAGCUGCUGCACCAGAACCCCCUCGCCAACAUCAAGAUGGAGGGCGUCAACGUGUUCAAGUUGAAGAAAAUCUGGGGCUGGCCGACGUACAUCCACCACGAGCGGCUACGAGACGAGGGCUACUUGGCCGCGGACGAUUCGCUCGAGUUCCGGCUCUCAAUCUGCCCACCGGACAUGAAACUCAAGUGCCAGUACCAGCAGCAGUUCAUCCGGAAGCUGAAGGAAGCAUCGCAAAAGUGAAACCGACGACACCGAGCGAAAAUGUUAACUCAAUUUCUAGCGAAUAGUACACUACUGAAGCCGAUGAGCUUUUGAGAAGAGGAAAAAAAGUGCAUGAUCGGGAAUUUGUGAGGCGAUGAGUGAGUGUGAGGACUGUGAGGGUGAAUGUUAUGUUGACAGUGAUGGACUGUGCGAUUGGUCAGAUUUAGUAGAAGCGAAUGAGUAGAGUAACAAUAAAAAUAGGAAUGAGAAGGACUGGCAAACCGAACAUGAACUACAGCAACUCGCAUGAAACGUAUUGUUGUUACUAGGAAAUGGGAAUAUCAGUCGAAAAUAAACAAGAGCAACAACGCUCGGAAACCAACAAUAAAAUUUGAUUAGCACGACGGCGAAAAAACCAAACAUAUGUAACAUGGUCUUCCAUCGAUAUGCGUAUGCGACAAACAAUUCAAAAGCCGAAAGAUAUAACAAAAUAUAGCGGAGGACUUAUUUUUAGAACCGAAAUGAAAGAAAUAUUAUCAAGCUAUUUUUCUAAGAGGGUAA